UUAUUUUAAUGUCCACAUGGUAACUUUGUGCCAUUUUGUUUUUACAAACCUAAUGGAGAUAUCUAUUGAAAUUUAUAGAAUUAUUUCUAUCUCAGUGAACAUAUUUUCUUUAUAUCGCAUAAUAUUUUUUACAGUGUUUUGUUGACUUGCCGUAGAGAUUUUGAAAUUCUAUAAAUUUUUCCACCCAUCUAAAUUUUUGUCAUUUGAUUAAUUUUUCCUCGGCGUGCUUUCUUUCAUGACAAUUUUUCAUUCUAACUAUUAGUUAUAUCAUAGAUAAGUAGAUAAUAAUAUUCCUCACAAUUUGGGCAAUUCACAUUAUUAUUCCAUUCCUAAAUUCGAUCGAUUUUUUUUUCACAUUUACUACUCGAUUGAUGUUAGAGAAAUCGGAGACAUUGUUGAAACGAUCCCUUAUGAUACAAAAUGGGUAAAGAAAAGACUCAUAUCAACAUUGUCGUCAUUGGACACGUAGAUUCUGGUAAAUCUACAACCACCGGUCACUUGAUCUACAAAUGCGGUGGUAUCGACAAACGUACCAUCGAAAAGUUCGAGAAAGAAGCCCAGGAAAUGGGAAAAGGUUCUUUCAAAUAUGCGUGGGUACUUGACAAACUUAAGGCUGAACGUGAACGUGGUAUCACCAUCGAUAUCGCUUUAUGGAAAUUCGAAACCUCCAAAUACUAUGUAACCAUCAUUGAUGCCCCUGGACACAGAGAUUUCAUCAAAAACAUGAUCACCGGAACAUCUCAAGCCGAUUGCGCUGUAUUGAUUGUAGCCGCUGGUACUGGUGAAUUCGAAGCUGGUAUCUCAAAGAACGGACAAACUCGUGAACACGCUCUACUCGCCUUCACUUUGGGUGUGAAACAACUCAUCGUUGGUGUCAACAAGAUGGAUUCCACCGAACCACCAUACAGUGAAUCUCGUUUCGAGGAAAUCAAAAAGGAAGUAUCUUCUUACAUCAAGAAGAUCGGUUAUAAUCCAGCUGCAGUUGCUUUUGUACCAAUCUCUGGAUGGCACGGAGACAACAUGUUGGAAGCUUCCACCAAAAUGCCAUGGUUCAAGGGAUGGGCUAUCGAACGUAAAGAAGGAAAGGCUGACGGUAAAUGCUUGAUUGAAGCUCUUGACGCUAUUCUUCCUCCAUCUCGUCCAACUGAAAAACCCCUUCGUCUUCCACUCCAGGACGUCUACAAAAUUGGUGGUAUUGGAACAGUACCAGUAGGUCGUGUUGAAACAGGAGUAUUGAAACCAGGUACCGUUGUUGUGUUCGCCCCAGCCAACAUCACCACUGAAGUAAAGUCUGUUGAAAUGCACCACGAAGCUCUCCAAGAAGCUGUACCCGGUGACAACGUUGGUUUCAACGUUAAAAACGUAUCAGUCAAGGAAUUGCGUCGUGGUUAUGUCGCUGGAGACUCCAAGAACAACCCACCCAGAGGAGCAUCAGACUUCACUGCCCAAGUUAUCGUAUUGAACCACCCUGGUCAAAUCAGCAACGGAUACACUCCAGUGUUGGAUUGCCACACUGCUCACAUCGCCUGCAAGUUUGCCGAAAUCAAAGAAAAGGUCGACCGUCGUUCAGGAAAGACGACAGAAGAAAACCCCAAGGCUAUCAAAUCUGGAGAUGCUGCCAUCGUUAACUUGGUACCCUCCAAGCCUAUGUGCGUAGAAUCCUUCCAGGAAUACCCCCCACUUGGACGUUUUGCUGUCCGUGACAUGAGGCAAACAGUUGCUGUAGGUGUCAUCAAGAGCGUUUGCUUCAAAGAUGCCGGAGCUGGCAAAGUCACGAAAGCCGCAGAAAAAGCAACAAAGAAGAAGUGAUCCAUUGUCUGGAUAUUUCCAGAGGAGUUAUUUUAUAUGUAAUGACUUGAAUGUGAUCUCAGAUAUUUUUAACAUCUGUAAAUUGAUGCAAGACCUAAUAAAGUAGGUUUACACUGA